AAAUUGCUUUCCAAAGAUGAUGGAGGAUUCUGACUUAGGAAGUAAAUGUCAGUGCUCAAGAGGAAUUUCUGCUGAGCAGUUUUGGCUGUAAAGGAGAUGAGACCUAACAUCAGGCCUAAGAGUUUGGCUUUUUCACCUGGGAUAGCACCCAACAUGUUGUUAUUCUGUCACAUGCUGGCUGGAGCCUUUCUGCCUUUCUUCAUCCUUCCAGGAGCUUGGGUUUCAGCUGAGAACAUCAACUUCCACAACGUCAGACCUCCACUAGACCCCACUCCAUUCCCAAACAGUUUCAAGUGCUUCACUUGUGACAACGCAGUGGACAACUACAACUGCAACAGAUGGGCUGAAGAUAGAUGGUGUCCUGAAAGCACUCAGUACUGUUUGACAGUUCAUCUCUUCACAGACAGUGGGCAGAGCACCUCAGUCACCAAAAAAUGUGCUACUGGGGAAGAGUGUCACUUGGUAGGCUGCCACCGGCACCGAGACAGCGGCCACAUGGAGUGCAUUUCUUGCUGUGAAGGCAUGAUCUGCAACGUGGAGAUCCCAACCAACCACACCAACGCAGUCUUUGCCGUGCUGCACGCCCGGAGAGCGUCGGCUGGCAGCAGGCGGACAGGCAGCGUCGCGGUGCUCGCGUCGGUCAUGGUGAUGGCUUGGUCAUGAUGCAGCACCCUCCUUGGAGAGCAUCAGCCACCUUCCUGUGGGCUGCAAGAAGCUGUCAGAAGACUGUUUCAGUGUGUGCUAGGAGAAAUCACUGACAGUGCUGAAGCACAGGGGAAAGGCGAGCGUGAGCCACGGAGUCCUGCCGUACUUGAGUGAAGAGCACAGAGUCACAGAAGCAUCCAGGUUGGCAAAGCCCCUCAGGCUCACCAAGUCCAACCUAGAACCCUGCUCUGCAAGAUUCACCUUUAACCAUAUCUCUAAGGACCACAUCCAAAAGACCUUUAAACACAUCCAGGGUUGGUGACUCCACCACCCCCCUGGGCAGCUCAUUCCAGUGCCUGACCACUCUCUCUGUGAAGAACUUUUUCCUGAUGACCAAUCCAAACCUUCCCAGCCUCAGCUUGGGGCCAUUCUGUCUCCAAUGACCUGUGAGAAGAGACCAGCAGCAGCCUCUCCACAAUGUCCCUUCAGGGAUUUGGAGACAGCAAUGAGGUCUAAUACUCUUGUGGACACUUGAGGUGACCUGCAGUCUUCAAACAGAAGUACCCCACAGUGCCCCAGCGGUUGGCUGGGCAGUGGGGUGGACUCAACUUGUAAUUCCACAUGGUCUGAAUGGUCACUAUUUCACAGUGCACCUGUGCUUGGCAUGCUUGCUGAGCAGGGCAAGAGUGUCUGUAGACAAUCACUUUCCAGGUGAGACCAGAAGCAACUCCCAGGGGACAGUGUUGCCAACAGGUCUCUCGGUGGAAGCUGUUUUUAAACUGUUCAUAGAUAGCAGAGAGUUUCUUGUCUGGAGCUGCAGAUAUAUUUAAGUGUAGCUUUAGUUAUGGUUUUCAGAGAGAACAUAUAUGAGAUAUGUAUUUCCCACCCCACCCCCCCUUUUAGUAUUUCUACUGGAAAUAAUGCAAAAUACUACUUUCUGUCUUCCUUUCCUGCCUCACA